AUGGCCGCCUUCCGCCUCCUCUUCCUCGUCCUUUCCUGCGUCGCCGCUGGCUGCAACAGUGCUGUCGCUGUCGCGGUCGACGACCAGCCGCUGCCGCAGCAGGAGUUCUGCAUGGCGUCGUCUUCUUCUUCGUGCCCGGAAGCUGCCGUCGAGGCUGAGCCGCUCAAGGAGGAGACUAGCGUGAUGUACAAGGAGAAGGCCAGCUCGUUCUUCAGACAUGAUGGUCGCACCAUCAAGGUCGACUUCGUACUCCCCGCCAGCAACAGCAUAGUCGCCGCUGGGGACGAGGACCUGCAGCUGCGGCAGGAAGCCAUGGCGCAGGCCAUUACGGUCCUCUCCCGCUACAGCCCAGAGACCACCGACCAACAGACGCUCAAGCGGGCGAUGGGGGUGGUGAACCUCGAGGCUCAGCGGUGGAAGCCCAUCUUCAGGGCCGUCAACAUGGUGCUGGAGAGCGGCGCCGACGACCGCACCAAGGAAGAGGCGUUCGCCCAGGCCAGGGUGCAGCUCAACCGCGACCUCGGCCAAGAAGGUCCCAACGCCCUCAAGCUCGACUUCCGCUUUCUGUGA